GUCGGCGCUUAUUGUCUGUGCUGUCCACACGUCUUUCCUACUUGUUCACCUACGCCACCGUCCUCGCCCUCCCUCUCCGGUGCGCUGCGACUACUAUCUAUAUCCUCGCUUCUUAAUUCUUAUUUCUGCUCUUUUUUCCUUUUCCCGUUCAAGUUCUAUCUGUUUUUCGGUAAUUUCGUUGCCCAAUUUUCGUGGUUUUCGUCUUCUUCUGCUGAGGAUUCUGUGUACUGCAUAAUUUAAUUGAUUAUGGUGAUUGGAAUUGAUGGACAAAUACGCAGAUACGUGAUCAUUCAGAUUUUGAUUAUCCUAAAUUUUGGAGUCGGCUUUAUUUCUUUGAUUAGACGGCAGAACGUUUCUCUCGUGUCGUGUUACCUAGAAUUUUGGUGCUUAAACGAGAAAUUCGGUAGAAGAAUUUUCAAUAGGUUCCUAGGUUUCAAUGAUAAAGCUCUGCGGUUGUGGUUGAUGAGAAGUUUCUGAUGAACUUCAGAGGUUGAUGAAUCACGAUGAACUGUUUACAAGCAUGCUAAUAUGCAAAUUUACUGAUAAGUGGUAUGCCGUGUAAUUCGAUGUAUUCAUUCCCCGGACAAUUUCUUGCAUAUUCCCCAUCAAUUUUCGACUUGAUAACGUUAGAUAGAAUGGAACCAGCAGCUUUCUUUCCGCCGUCAUACAUAUUUUUAGUUAAUUUAUGAUAAAUAACUCAUCGGUUGAAACAAUGGACUUCCUUUGCAAACCAAUGAAUCAGGAGACUUCUGAUUGCUUCUUGAGCCAGCAGGAUAUGAACAAAUGACCUUUUUUGAGGAACAUACACAAACCAACCAAUUUUUCGUUCGGUUCUUUGAAUCUCCCAACAUUUAAGGUUGCCAAUGGCCCGAUUUUCGAGGAUGGUCCAAACUUUGAGAUGGCCUUCAAACUCUUCCACGGUAAAGACGGGGUUGUCCUUCUCUCUGGCAGCUCUCAAAUCCAUCUUAACCAACAUGAGACAGGAGGCUGCACCAGAAUUCAACCCUUUAGCAUCAAGAGCUGCCUCUAUCAGCAUGUCAUCAUUUGGUCCAGGUGGACCUUUCGGUUUCAAUUCUUUCUUUGGGAAGAUGCAGAACAAGAAGCCUGAUUCAUCCAGAAAGAGAGAGCAUUCCUCUAAGGGUGACUUGUCAAAACACGAGGCGCUUGGGAACGAAUGGCUCGAGAAAGGCAACUGCCCCAUCGCGAAAUCCUACCGAGCAGUCAGCCACAUCCUCCCUCUUGUGGCGGCCUCCCUUCGCCCGCCGCCCGGAAUCAAGCUCAAGUGCCCGCCAGCUGUCGUGGCUGCCCGGGCAGCCCUGGCCAGGACAGCGUUCGUCAAGAGCAUCCGGCCACAGCCGCUGCCUGCCAAAAUACUCGUGAUUGGGGCUCUGGGGAUUGCCGCCAAUAUCCCAUUGGGCAUAUGGACGACAAAGUUUUCCCUGUCGUGGUUUGCGGCUGUUCAUGUUGCAGUGCCCUUCAUAGCCAUGCUUAGAAAGUCGGUGGCCAUGCCCAAGACUGCCAUGGCUCUCACCAUCUUGGGCUCGGUUAUCGGGCAGAUGAUCGGGUCGCGGGCCGAGAGGAUCCGGAUGAGAGUCGAGGCUGAGAGGGUGGUGGGGACAGCUGGCGGUGGUCGAUGUGGGAAGGGGAUUGAGAGUACGGCCCCAUUCUCGUCCAUCAUUAGCGUGUGA